AUGUUCAAACCGACUCCUGAAACUAUCAAGGUCGCGUCCAAGUGGGACAACGCCGGGCGGCAAGCUUUGCUUUGUGUGCUGGCCAACAGCUGCGACGAGGAGCUCUAUAAGAAACUGGUGACCGCUCUCUGCUCCGAACAUGGCAUACCGCUGCUGCACGUGGACUCCAACAAGAUGUUGGGCGAGUGGUCGGGCCUGUGCAAAAUUGACAAGGAGGGCAAGGCUCGCAAGGUCGUAGGAAGCUCAUGCGUUGUCAUCACGGAUUGGGGCAAAGAAACACCCGCCUUGGACUUCUUGAAGGACCAUAUGCGACAGAAGGGGCGGCAAGCUUUGCUUUGUGUGCUGGCCAACAGCUGCGACGAGGAGCUCUAUAAGAAACUGGUGACCGCUCUCUGCUCCGAACAUGGCAUACCGCUGCUGCACGUGGACUCCAACAAGAUGUUGGGCGAGUGGUCGGGCCUGUGCAAAAUUGACAAGGAGGGCAAGGCUCGCAAGGUCGUAGGAAGCUCAUGCGUUGUCAUCACGGAUUGGGGCAAAGAAACACCCGCCUUGGACUUCUUGAAGGACCAUAUGCGACAGAAGGGCGCUGACUUUCCAGUUGGAAUAAUGAUCAGAUCCUGGGCCCUCCCUCUUGAGCAGCUGCUGCGCGUCACGCACCAAUUCAACAAGUCGCAUUGGUCCGCGCCGCCCAAUGAAGGCGCCGUGGGAGCCGCUUCUGCCCUCCUCUUGUGGGCCGCCGCUGAGGGCUGGGCGCCCCAAUCCCAGCCUGUCUGGAGUGGCUUUUGA